GUGUGAGACUAAUAAGGACAGAGCUGCAUCCCCCUCUACCACUCUUUGGAGACUCGCUCCAGCAACUGCUCAGCUCUACAGCAGCUCUGUACGGGCGCUUUCGGUGCUUCUGGGGGACAUAGUAAAACAAAAUUUAAAGAUUUGUAGCUGAUUGUUCACAUGUGUCCAGGGGGAGAUGAAGUACAUUGGAUCCUGCAUAGUUUGGCUUUGUAUGGCAGUCUUCCUUCUCCUUCCUGUUUCUACUUCUGUGGCCGUCAGUGACCAGACAGGUGCCAUGUGUCCUUUAAUGAAAACAGUUGUCCAUCGUCUCAAACAAAUCAGCAGAGACAGUCUCAUUUUUUCAGGGUUUGACCUGGCGGAAAGCUUUUCUUUGAGGCAAACAUCUUGUGGAGGGGAAAAAAUCUGCUUUAAACUGGGAAGCGCACCUCUCGUCAGAGACACAAAGCAAGUAUUUCCAAAUGGGCUUCCUGAAGAAUACUCUCUAGUUGCUACGUUCCGUGUACGGCGAAAUACCAAGAAAGAGCGUUGGUAUAUAUGGCAAGUUUUAAAUCAGUAUGACACACCUGAGAUCUCUGUCCUUCUGGAUGGUACAAAAAAAGUUGUGGAGUAUAUGACCAAAUCUGCUCAGGGAAAUAUACUGCACUACACAUUUAAGAGUCGAGAAAUUUAUCCAUUGUUUGAUCGGCAGUGGCAUAAGCUUGGUAUUAGCGUGCAGUCGGGGAUCAUUUCCCUCUAUUUGGAUUGUAAUUUAAUUGAGAGAAAGCAGACUGAUGAAAAAUUCACCAUUGACUUGCAGGGCAGGACUCUCAUUGCUUCUCGUGCUACAGAUGAUAAGCCCGUAGAUAUUGAACUUCAACAUUUAACAGUUUAUUGUAAUCCAAAGCUUGCAACAGAAGAUACGUGUUGUGAAAUAUCUGCAGACCUGUGCCCAGGUGAGGAGAGAUUACUUGCCACAACUUCAUCACCAGUGACUGUUCAUGCCAGCAAAAUAUACGCGCUUCCAGGAAUGCAGCAAGAAUCUAGAGAGGGAUGCCACUGCUUUCCAAAUAAAGGAGAAGCAGGAUUGCCAGGCGUAGCUGGUUUGCCAGGCCAGAAAGGAGUUAAAGGUGAAAAGGGUGAAAUGGGUGCAAAAGGACAGGAUGGUGUUGCUGGUCUUCCUGGUGAAAAGGGGGAUGCUGGCUUAGUAGGUGCUCCUGGCAUACCUGGUCUUACUGGUUCCAAGGGUGAACGUGGCUUUGCAGGUAGUAAAGGUGAAGAAGGUGAAAAGGGUGAAAAAGGAGAUAAAGGAGAACCAGGACCAGAAGGCGCUCAUGGAAAAGAGGGACUGAAAGGUGACCCUGGUAGUCCUGGUGUGGCUGGUCCUAAAGGAGAAAAGGGAGAUGCAGGACCUCCAGGACCAACUGCCUUGAGCGGUUUGCCAGGGCUGGAGGGUCCCCAAGGUCCACCUGGCAAAGAAGGUCAAAGGGGGAGGAGAGGCAAACCAGGCCUCCCAGGAAAGCCAGGCCCACCGGGACCUCCCGGUCCUUCUGGACUAAAAGGAAUUCUGGAUUCAUUGAACACGCAUUAUAAUGAGAGCGAUGCAAGACUACUAGGGUUACUUGGGACCCCUGGAUCUAAAGGCCAGAAGGGAGACAUUGGUCAAAAAGGAGAACUGGGAAUGACUGGUGCAAAAGGAGAAAAGGGAGAGCCUUCUGAAAAAGGGGACAAGGGAGAUCCAGGAGAAACUGGAAUGGAGGGAUCAAAAGGAAAUAAGGGUGAAACAGGAGAACCUGGACCACCUGGUCUUAUUGGAAAUCCAGGACCAAUGGGAUUGCAAGGACCUCCAGGACCUGUUGGACCCAGGGGACUGCCAGGAGAAGUGGGCUUACCAGGAGAGCAUGGGGUACCUGGAGACCCAGGAGUUAAAGGAGACAAGGGAGACCCUGGUGGGAUUAGGGGACCACCUGGAUAUCCAGGUCCAAAAGGUGAUGUGGGGCCUCCUGGACCAAGUCUACCUGGAAUACCAGGUCCCAUUGGUAUUCCUGGAAACCCUGGUCCACGGGGACCAAAGGGAGAAAGAGGACUACCUGGUGUACAAGGAACACCUGGGGAGAUGGGCCCCCCUGGAAUAGGCAUUCAGGGAUCACCAGGUCCUAUAGGUCCAGCUGGAUCAGCAGGUGUGCAGGGCCCUAGAGGACCCCCAGGACUACCAGGAACUCCAGGUAGCCCUGGUAUUAAUGGCACUCCAGGAAGAGAUGGAAAGCCAGGACUACCAGGCCCCCCAGGUGAUCCGAUUGCACUGCCACUCCUGGGAGACAUGGGUGCUAUACUGAAGGGUGAUCCUGGCACAAGAGGUCCUCCAGGCAUCCCUGGUAGAGAAGGGCCCAAGGGAAGUAAAGGCGAACGUGGAUUUCCUGGGCUUGCUGGAGAGAAGGGUGAUGAGGGCCUUCAAGGUGCUCCUGGACUGCCAGGUGUUCCAGGACCCAGUGGACCAUCUGGAGUCACAGGAAGACCUGGACACCCCGGUCCAGCAGGGUCAAAAGGCGAAAAGGGUAGUGAAGGUUCUCCUGGGAAACCUGGACCACCUGGACCUCCGGGUAUGCCUUACAACGAAAGAAAUGGAAUGAGCAGCUUAUAUAAACUCCAGGGAGGUGUGAGUGUUGCUAGUUAUCCAGGUCCACCAGGACCUCCGGGUCCAAAAGGAGAUCCUGGCACAGUGGGGGACCCAGGACCAAUGGGAUUGCCAGGACUGGAAGGACUCCCAGGGGAAAAGGGUGACCGUGGACCAGCUGGCACAGCAGGAGUACCAGGGACACCGGGAAAGCCGGGAUCUCCUGGGUCCCCAGGGCUGCCAGGGGAACCUGGUGAAAGAGGACCUAUAGGAGAUAUAGGCUUCCCAGGGCCAGAAGGGCCACAAGGAAAACCAGGAAUCAAUGGAAAAGAUGGAUUACCAGGUCCUCCGGGUGCUGUGGGGAGACCAGGAGACCGAGGCCCCAAAGGAGAACGUGGUGACCAGGGUAUUCCAGGGGACAAAGGUCCACAAGGCGAACGAGGGAAACCUGGCCCGUCAGGCGAAAAGGGGGACGUGGGUCCUAUUGGGCCACCAGGAGACAGAGGUUAUCCAGGAUCGCCAGGUCAUCAAGGUCCCCCAGGUUCACCAGGACCCCCAGGGUUUCCGGCUGAUUCGGUUUCACUUGAAGAAAUAAAAAGAUAUAUCAAACAGGAGGUUCUUAAGGUUUUUGAAGAAAGGAUGGCUCAGUUUGUAUCCCAGCUGAAGCUGCCUGCUGCAAUGCUUGCCUCCCAGGCUCAUGGAAAACCAGGUCCCCCAGGAAAAGAUGGGUUACCAGGGCCACCAGGAAAUGAUGGUUUGCCAGGACCACCAGGAGAACGUGGAAUUCAAGUUUGGUCUGCUCUGGAGUCAGAGCAAGUCAGACUGGAAUGAAGAACAUGACAGCAAGGCUGAAGAUGUGUGGAUCCUAAAGCUAUGAGAAGAAUAAAGACUUACUAACACUGAUAAGCGCAAAGCCCUGACAGAAGCUUGAAAAAUGUGAUGAGCUCAGAAUGAGAAGAACAAGAAUAAAGGAUCAAGGAAAACAAUAAAAGGCUUAGAAUCUUACAACACUGACUUCAUCAUUACCUAAAUAUUCAGAUCACUGUAAAAAGUCAACUUCAAUGUCAGUGCCAGGUUGUUCAAUGAUGAUGUAUGUGGUGGACAGUCUCAGAUGCUUCUGGGAAGUGCAAUGUUACACUAGGCUUCAUUUCCAGUUAGUGAGCAUCAAGAGUAAAGAUGAUAGCUAUGCUUGAAAAAAAAUAAAGCUGCUUUUUCAUGCCUUAUGCUUAAGUAAAAGUAGUGCCCCAUGUACGCAGGCUUUCCCUUUAUUUUACUGAUAUGCUCAAUACUCCUUUUUGGUUAGAAAAAGUAAGCUAAGUGAGAAGCAUUUACUUCUCUGCUACAGCAAAAGAUACAUUAAAUUACACUGCCAAGGAAAGAAAACAAAAAAAAUUGUCUUGCCUCCUUUUCACACUCUGAGUAAGAGAUAGUACCAUGAGAGAAGCACACUUACAAAUACCUUCAUGCCUUCCCCAGUUAUGCCUGUGCAUGUUAUUGUUUUGUGAUAAGAGCAAAAAGAAAUUUGAAUCUCUGAGCAGAUUGAAAAAUAUCUUUCCAUAUUCCAGCUUAUUUUCAGACAUAAAAGACACAGCAGACAAGAUUUCUUGCAGAAGCAUGUUACAUGCAUGUGUGGCUGAGACCAUCAAGGUGGCACGCUGUGUGCACAUAAGCCUAAGUCAUAAUAUGCAUUGAUUUUGACUGACAGAUGUUCCUUAUUGUAUUUCUCUCUUGGAUGUAGCCCACAUUGCCAGCUCCAGAGUUUUGCUGUGUGCAGUGAUACACAUCUGGGCUGGCAGAGUGAAUCACUUGUCCCAUACAGGCAGUGACAGGAAUCAUGGAAUAGUUUGGGUUGGAAGGGACCUUUAAAGGUCAUCUAGUCCAACCCCCCUGCAAUGAGCAGGGACACCUUCAACCAGAUCAGGUUGCUCAGAGCCCUGUCCAGCCUGACCUUGGAUGUUUCCAGGGAUGGGGCAUCUGCCACCUCUUUGGGCAACCUGUUCAGUGUUUCACCAACCUCACUGUAAAAAAGUCUUCCUCGUGUCUAGUCUGAACCUCCCCUCUUUUAGUUUAAAAUCAUUACCCCUUGUCCUGUUACGACAGGCCCUGCUAAAAAAUCUGUCCCCAUCUUUCUUAUCAGCCCCUUUUAAGUACUGAAAGGCUGCAGUAAAGUCUCCCCGGAGCCUUCUCUUCUCCAGGCUGAACAACCCCAACUCUCUCAGCCUGUCCUCACAGGAGAAAUAAGUAGAUGAUUUUGGAGAGCAAUUAACAAGACCUCAACGAACACCUCCAGAGGCUGUUUGUGAUGCUGCCCGCUGAGCAGGGAGCCCACUGGAGCCAGCCAGCGGGAAGGGCAGGAGUUGCUCUGUGUCCCAGGAGGUGCUUCACAAAACUGGCAGCUUUGCAGGGGUCCCUCUGUGCACCUUGAGUGUGGCACCAGUUCCCCUGGGACCUGGUCUGGUGUGACCUGCCCAGAUUCCACCAGAGCCUCCUUCUGCUCAGCAAACCAAUAGGUAGGGGUUAGUCCCAGAAGCAAAAAAACAUAGAUAUUAACUUUUGGAAGCGUAGGCAUGGUCUUCAAAAGGUGUAUUUAAGGAAUGUGUAGACCCUUGUGCAUAGAAUCAUUCAUCUCUAAUUAAGUUAAGAAUUGUUACCUGCUGGCCUUCAGCAAGGUCGUUCAUAGUGUACCUUAGGUACUUCCCAGUGGUUCAGGUACAAAUAAUUUUGAUUUUAUAGGACAGUCUCAAUAAAGAUACAUCAUGCAAAUAAAAAGAAAACAAA